AUGAAGUUGCUGCUAUUCAUAUAUUGUCUACACUCGUGCUUGAUUGCGAUAACGGCGUUCCCUUGGAAACGGCAAGAGGAGGAGGUGUUGGCGGAGGAGGAGGCAGUCGACUCGCCAUCAGCGUGUGUCAAUCAAGAGAAUGCGUUUGGCAUGUGUUCGCCUACUUCCAAUGACGUGUGGUACAAUGGUAGCCUAUAUGAGCUGUCGUGGAAUUACAAUAACCCAGCAUUCAUCAAUGACGAGAACAUUAUCAACUUGUAUCUACUAUAUCAAUCACCCAAUGGUACUUUUGAGACCGUCAAGAAAUGGGAUGAUGUACCUCGGCUACCUGGAUCAUUGGUGACACAAGUUGACGAUUCGUGGUUUCCAUCACGACUUCCUGAUAAUGCACCCAACAAGACUUGGAAUCCUUUUUUCUUUAUUCUCACUGAUGGCUACAACAUCCAAGAGGAAAUCCAAGAAGGCUCUACAUUUCCUCCUCCUGUACGCUUUACUUUGAUUCAAAAUGCCAAGGAUAAUACAACGCGUACCGAAACACAUCCCACGGUGGCAGAUAAUGCAGCAUCCACAAAUGGCUCAUCUCCGCUAACAGGAUGGAUGAUUGCAGUAAUCGUCAUUGUUUCGACCUUGUUGUUGGUUGCAUUGGGUGCUCUUGUAUUCUUUUGUUGUAUACGCCAACGCCACCGAAACGACUCACAUGAACCAGCACCUGCCUCUGUACCAGUAUCAUCAUCACCCUCCCAACCAGCAAUAAACUCAGGCUUAAUUGGAGAAGAUCAAACAACACUAGCACAAGAAAAGGGCAUCUCGGCAACAGGGGUAAGUGCACCAGCGGUGCCUCGCCCCUUUUCUGCACACGACUUGUCGUCGAUCAAUUCGUUGACACCGAUCACUGGUCCACGUGGCGGAGGUGCAGUAUCACCACAAUCUACUUCAACUCCACAAAACGCAAGCGAGAUACAACAACAAUCAGCUACUACAGCAAACAUGGAUCCUCGACAAUCGAGCUCAGUCCUUAGUUCAACCGAUGCUAUCAUGAUUGCUGAUACCUUUCGUCAAUUCAUGCGGAAACCAGAAUGGAAGAAUAACAAUGAACAUCCCGGAGACGAUGAUGAUGAUGGCGAUGAAAACACCUUUAAGCAAUUGGAUGAAAGCGAACAACGUAAACGAUUGGGUGAUGAGUUAUUACGAAAGGAGCUUGCAGAGGAAGGGACAUCCGUGUAUCAAAUUGAGCGACGACCAGGACGCUAUAAUAGCAAGAACCAAGAUGAUGAUUAA